AUGUCGGCCGGUCCACCAGCGCGUUCGAUGGCAAAGGAUCAAGACUCUCGGGAACCUCAGGAUAAUGAAUCUGCUGCUGCUUCUCGCCAGACUGUGGUAGAAGAGCUUAAUGAGCCGGAGGGUUCCCAUGCAGAAGUUCCUCCAGACCCGCCGUUCUCCAAAGGCUUUUGGGACAACGAUCCAGUCACCACGAAGGCGCGGAAAGCCUAUCUCAAAGUAUGCGUCAUGGCAGUUGUCCUUGUCUCGUUGACCAUAUGGGCGGUACUCCCCAUGUUCUGGGGAUCCGAAUGGAAGCCAGAGACAGCAGUGCACAACCUAAACGGCUGGAUCGUGCUAGAGGCUGCGUGGUGGGUCUCUGCGCUCAAGGCGUUCGAGCAGACGUAUGAACAGACAUUCCGCUCCUCAUCGACGUUGUUCACCUCGCAAGAUGAGUCGGAGAGGUGGGAGGAGUGCAAACUCUUGUUAAUCGACGAGGUGGAGCGCAGCGAGCGCGCCGCGUUCGCCGGGAAGCGGGGGCGCGAUGGGGACGCGGAGGAAGAGUGGGAGUGGGAGGAGAUGAUUGGGUGUUGGGUCAGGAAGACCGAGUCCCCCGGAGAGGCGAGGAUGCCCAAGAGACGGAAGUUGAAGCGAGUCGUGCCUCAGCCUGUCCGAGAGGAGGAUGACUACUCGUCGACGUUGGCAUGCAGCGACCCGCUCGCCCUGCCUGGUGCCGAGACCUCGUCGCCCGAUCCGAUCGCUUCGUUCACGAAGGCUCGUGCAGUUGCUCUGUCGGACAUCGGUUCCCCUUGUCCUAAGGCCCUGAAUGGGACUCGUGCGCAUGCCAGGUCGAGUAGCUCCCCCGCGGAGAUAGCGCCGAUCGGUUCUGCGAGAUAUUUGCCCGACAGUGAUUCCCCGGAAAGCAAUCCCUGGGUCGUGAACGCGAUUGAACCUGAGCUGCCAACUGUGGACUUGUUUCCUUCGUCGGACGACACGUUGGAUCUCUUUGCCUAUGGGAGUUCAUCCCCGUGA